GCAACACAAUGGAACAUUGAGCAGCCGCAUUAAAUUUUAUGAAAAAAAAUUGGGCCUUUUUGAAGAGGUUCAACAUGGCAGGAGAUCAGGCGCAGUUUUACCAAUUAUUAAAUACAUUAUUGUCUACAGAUAAUGAUAUCCGACAGCAAGCAGAAGAUGCUUACAACAACAUACCGACAGAGACAAAGGUGGUACAUCUAGUGGGGGCCAUUCAAAAUGGAGACAUUGGUGAAGAAGCCAGGCAAACAGCAGCUGUGCUGCUGCGAAGAUUGCUCAGUGCGGAAUUCUUUGAAUUUUUCCCAAAAUUACCUUUUGAUCAACAGACAAUGCUUAGGGAACAGUUGCUACUUACACUUCAGAUGAACGUUAGUCAGCAGUUACGCAGAAAGAUCUGUGAUGUAGUGUCUGAACUUGCCAGAAAUCACAUAGAUGAUGAUGGUGUCAACCAAUGGCCUGAGUUUCUACAGUUCAUGUUCCACUGUGCCAGUUCACAAAAUCCUGACAUUAAAGAGGCUGGAAUAAGGAUGUUCACGUCUGUACCUGGAGUAUUUGGAAACAGACAAAAUGAAAAUUUGGAUGUCAUCAAGCAAAUGCUGCUGUCGUCUCUGCAGCCAACUGAAACGGAAGCUUUGCGCAUGCAGGCUGUUAAAGCUGUGGGAGCAUUCAUCCUGUUGCAUGACAAGGAGUCUGCAAUACAGAAGCACUUCAGUGACUUGUUGCUGCCACUCAUGCAAGUGGUAGUACAGUCUAUAGAGAAGACUGAUGAUGACUCAGCUCUUAAGGUUCUCAUUGAGCUGGCUGAAUCAGCUCCAAGGUUCCUGCGACCACAGUUGGAAACUAUCUUUGAAGUUGGAAUAAAGGUUGUAGGGGACACAGAGGCGGACGACAACUGGCGUCAGCUCGCGCUAGAGGCGCUGGUGACAUUGUGCGAAACGGCGCCGGCGAUGGUGCGCAAGCAGGUGCCGGUGGCGAUACGCAGAUUAACGCCGCUCGUUCUCGCAAUGAUGUGUGAACUAGACGACGAGCCUGACUGGUCUGUGCAGGAUGACGUAGCUGACGACGAUAAUGACUUAAACUAUGUGACAGCGGAAUCUGCACUUGACCGCAUGUGUUGUGGUCUGGGAGGAAAGAUAAUGUUGGGAUUGAUAGUUGGGCAAGUGCCUGAGAUGUUGAACUCUGAGGACUGGAGAAAGAGGCACGCCGCUCUUAUGGCUGUCUCCUCGGCCGGCGAAGGCUGCCACAAGCAAAUGGAGCAGAUGUUGGACCAAGUUGUAUCUGCUGUUCUAACUUAUCUCACUGACCCUCAUCCUCGAGUACGCUACGCCGCAUGUAAUGCGAUUGGACAAAUGUCUACUGACUUUGCUCCGAACUUUGAAAAGAAAUUCCACAGCAAAGUUGUACCUGGUCUACUAUUAGUGUUGGACGAUAGUGAGAAUCCUCGUGUGCAGGCGCACGCUGCUGCGGCUUUGGUGAACUUCAGUGAAGAUUGUCCAAAACCAAUUUUGACUCAAUAUCUUGGACCGUUGAUGGGUAAACUUGAAAUUAUUUUGACCACCAAGUUUAAAGAGUUGGUGGAACGUGGUACCAAGCUUGUGUUGGAACAGAUAGUAACUACAAUCGCCUCUGUUGCCGACACAGUGGAGAGUGAUUUUGUACAGUACUACGACCGAUUGAUGCCAUGCCUCAAGUACAUCAUUGCUAAUGCAACCACCGAUGAAUUGAAGACACUCCGUGGCAAAACUAUAGAAUGUGUCAGUCUUAUAGGUUUGGCUGUGGGUGAGGAGAAAUUUAUGGCAGAUGCGUCUGAAAUAAUGGACCUUUUGCUGAAAACGCACACAGAGGGCGAACAACUGCCUCCCGACGACCCACAAACGUCGUUCCUAAUCUCCGCCUGGUCGCGGAUUUGUAGAAUUAUGGGCAAAAAGUUUGCUCGUUACCUGCCCAUGGUCAUGGAGCCUGUUCUGCGCACAGCUGCAAUGAAGCCCGAAGUGGCUCUACUUGAUAAUGACGAAAUCAAGAUCAUUGAAGGAGAUCUUGAUUGGCAUUUUGUAACACUUGGAGAACAACAAAACUUUGGUAUUAAAACUGCAGGACUGGAAGAUAAAGCAUCUGCCUGUGACAUGCUUGUGUGCUAUGCACGUGAAUUGAAGGAGGAGUUUGCAGACUACGCUGAAGAAGUAGUUAAACUUAUGGUGCCAAUGUUGAAGUUCUACUUCCACGAUAAUGUACGCACGGCCGCUGCGGAGUCACUGCCCUACUUGCUUGAGUGCGCACGCACUCGCGGCCCUCAGUACAUACAGGGCAUGUGGGCCUACAUACUGCCCGAGUUGUUGAAAGCAAUUGACUCUGAACCAGAACAGGAGGUGCAAGUUGAACUUCUUAAUAGUUUAGCGAAGUGUAUUGAGCUGUUGGGGACUGGCUGCUUGUCGACAGAGAGCAUGGAGGAAGUGCUACGCAUCCUCAACAAACUUCUCACAGAACAUUUCAAACGUGCUACUGAACGACGCCAGAAGCGCGCUGACGAAGAUUAUGACGAGGUGGUGGAGGAGCAGCUCGCGGACGAGGACAACGAGGACGUGUACGGGUUGUCACGCGUGGCGGACGUGCUGCAUGCUCUCAUGUCGGCCUAUCGCGAGAACUUCUUCCCGCACCUCGACUCGUUGCUGCCUCACCUCAUCCAGCUGCUCGCGCCCGGACGCGCCUACUCCGAUAGACAAUGGGCUAUUUGUAUCUUUGAUGACGUCAUCGAAUUUGGAGGACCAGCAUGCAUAAAGUACCAAGAUAUAUUCCUGGAGCCGAUGCUGAGUGGUCUGGUGGCGGCAGAAGCAGAGGUGCGCCAGGCUGCUGCGUACGGCUGUGGUGUGCUGGCUCAGUUCGGUGGCGUACAGUUUGCGGCGGCGUGUGCUCGCGCUGCGCGCCUUCUCGCCGAUGUCGUUAACGCACCCGAUUCGCGCAACAUCGAAAACUUGAAUGCGACCGAGAAUGCUAUCUCUGCUGUAGCCAAGAUCAUCAAAUACAACCAUACGCAAGUCGAUAGAGACCAACUCAUCACACAUUGGUUAACAUGGCUGCCGGUGGUGGAAGACGUGGAAGAGGCACCGCACGUGUACUCGCUGCUGUGCGAGCUUGCCGCCAGCGGGCACCCCGCAUUGGCCGCCGCUGAUGCCCCGCAACGUGUAGUCGCCACGCUUGCCGAGGCCUUCUUACACGACGCAGUGCCCACCGACAACCCGGUUUAUGCACAGAUGGUUGCACUUGCAAGACAGAUACAGAGUAAUGCUGAAUUGUUCAACUCGUGCGUGAUGCAGCUAAGCAGCGAGCAUCAGGAGGCGUUAAAGAUCGCGCUGUCUACAUAGCCGCGCAGCCGCCGCCUCGCGCCGUAACGUGCUGCGCCGCGCCGCCUGUAUUUAUUGCCCGCCAGCUAGCUCGCGCAACGCAACGCCGGCCACUUCGCCCCCAAUAGUACACUUCCAUUCGUUAACCGCCUGCAGAACGCUGCUAUUUCUAUAAAUAUAUUCUAAACUAAUAAUGGCG